AGGUUUCAAUGGAACAGCUCCAUGGAUGAUGGAUGACUAUAUUUAGGGGAAAUGUAGAAGGAUAUCUCCCUGUCAGACUUUCCCUUUGGCAGGAAGUCAGUGUUUCCUCCCCCUGUGAAGAGAAUGAGGUGAACCUGGCUUUGGGUUUCCUGACAACCUGCGGCUCAAAGAUUCAGUUUGUCACUUUCCUGCCUCAACUAUCGUCUGUUGACAAACUGUGCUCGCAGGUCACUGUUUUCUUCUUAUCAUAGUUUGCUGGCUUGUUUCCGAUCAGGGAACGCAGUGGCCCUCUCAAGGUACUGAAGGGAUAAUGGAUAAGAGACAUGGCUAGCUGUGGAGUGCAGCAGGCCUGGAUUCUGCUCUCCAACACCAGGGCUGAGGAGCUACACAGGAGUCUCCCCAGCCCCCACCCUACUGCACCCUCCUGGCCUCCAUCAGGCCUUCAGCAUCAUCUCAGCUGUCAUCCUCAUCUGCCUGUCAAGCCAGGUCUAAGUGACUAUUAUUGAAAUUUUAGAAGGAAGUCAGGUUCCCUUAAUAUUAUUUUAUGUCCUCUUGACUUCUAAACACACCCAGCAACCAUGAGGAACACCAGGUCGAGCCUGCUGCUGGGCUGCGUGCUCCUCUGCUCUGCCUCCCUGCUCUACCUGGGUAUGAGCGGGAUAGAGUGCCCUCCGAAAAGCCAUCGGCACCGGUGGAUGGAGCUCAACCUGGGCUCGGCCAAUCAGAGCCUAUCCCUCACCGAACACUUCCCCGAAGACACGCCACUGAUCUUCAUCGGAGGCUUUCCCAGGAGCGGCACCACGCUGAUGCGCGUCAUGCUGGAUGCCCACAAUGCCGUGCGGUGUGGGGAAGAGACCAGAGUGAUUCCCCGCCUCCUGGCCAUGCGGGCCACCUGGAGCCGCUCGGUUAAAGAGAGGAUACGAUUGGACGAGGCAGGCGUCACUGACCAGGUGUUGGAUUCAGCCGUGCGAGCGUUCCUGUUAGAGGUGAUAGUCGGCCACGGGGAGCCUGCACCUCGCCUUUGCAACAAGGACCCGUUUGCCUUGAAGUCUCUCUCAUACCUGGCACGCAUCUUCCCUAAAGCUAAAUUUGUGCUCAUGCUACGAGACGGACGGGCAACCGUGCACUCCAUGAUAUCACGCAAGGUGACCAUCUCAGGCUUCGACCUGACCAGCUACAGGGACUGUCUGACCAAGUGGAGCAAUGCCGUGGAGACCAUGUUCAGCCAAUGCCAGGGAGCCGGUAAGGGCAGAUGUCUGCCCGUCCAUUAUGAGCAGCUCGUCCUUCACCCAGAGGAGGAAAUGAGGAAGUUGCUUCACUUCCUAGACCUGCAGUGGGAUCCGUCAGUGCUGCACCACGAAGAGCUGAUUGGAAAGGCUGGUGGUGUGUCUCUGUCAAAGGUUGAGCGUUCGACGGACCAGGUGAUGAAGCCUGUAAACACAGACGCCCUCUCUAAGUGGGUCGGGCAUAUUCCCUCUGACGUGAUAAGCGACAUGGCUGAAAUCGCCCCCAUGCUGGCCCGACUUGGCUACGACCCUCACGGCAACCCUCCGGACUACACAAGAGGAGAACUUAUAGCAUCUCCGUUCAACUACUCACAGAGUUUGAAAACAGAAGAAACUCCACAUCCUAGUUAAGCUAAAGAGGAAAAUGCUGUGAGCCCAGCUUCGCUGUUCCACGAUAUGGAUGCACCUUAAACACAGACCAGCCCAACAGUGAUUACACCUCACAGGAACAUUUUUACAGUGUCCCAUGUGUAUUGAAUUAUUUGAAUUGUUUGUAAGACUUGAGUGCAGUGUUCAUGUCUGUACACGAGUGGAGUGUUUAAAAUACGGAUUCAACAAGUGGGUUGCUGUUUAAAUCUCAGCUCUAACGCCGUAUGUGGACUACCUGCUCAGGGAAGUUCUCUGCUUCUCAAUCUCCAACGUGUCCUCCACAGUGAACGAACAGUAUUUCACUGCAUUUUGAUGCAUCCUCGCACCUCGUACCUGAAAGUAUUUCAACAUCUCCAUAAGUUGUUAUGACUUCAACACAAAUGUGAAUAUGUCUUUACACAAAUCUUUCACUGAGAUUUCAGCCAAUGUCCAUGAAGCAUAAUGACUGUAUAUUUUUAAAGACGUAUGUUUAUUUUCGUAAUAAAUUAUUUUAAUGUUGACCAUUCAUUCAGGAAUUUGAAAGCUGUUUAUUCUGGAUUAAGGAUUUUUAAUCGUUGUUUAUUGUUGAACAUGAAUAAAAUGAGCCUAAAUGUCA